AGAGGCCCCUCCUCUUACAGACUCUUGCUGACCCCUAUGAGGACUUUAUGUACCAUCACCUCCAGUACUAUGGCUACUUUAAAGUGAUUAAGAAUUUGUUGAACGAGAACUGAGUUUCCCGCUUGCCAGACUCAGCGGGCACCCUCAGGACAAAGAGGCUUGCAACUUGGAGCUCCGCCCCACUCUGAGACCUGCCUCACUCGGGCUCCGCUAUCUUGGCAGCUCCUGCGUCUUUCUGCCUCCCACACCCUUUCUCGAAUCUCCUCACUCUCCCAUUUCCUCAGUAUAAAAUGGGAAUAAUUAUGCGUAUUUGGCUUACAUUGCCACCAGAAGGUCUGAAAACUGGGUUGUGUUCCUGGUGAAGAUCUGUGGUGGUCGGUUUGGAGAGUAGAGGUUUUGAUAUUGCCCUCGACUUAGAGGUGGUGAGCCAGCCUGCCGGCAACUUUAAUUAAACCGCCUGUUCUUAGGACAAAGAAGCAGUUUACCAAACUCGGCUACGCAGCAGCACCUUUGGAAGAAUACCCCUCGGCACCAGCUGCACGGCUCUUUCGGGGAAAGAGAGAAUUUGAUACCGGACACUUUGCAGAGGGAGAAGCUUCUAUGGCCUACCUGUUUACCUUCAGCUGGGCGCGCUCAGUUAGAAUCUGUUCCCUCAUGCUGACUUCUCCGCUUCUCCGGACCAGGCAGCUCAUUUACAAUGAGCUGGAUGACGUGAACCCACGUCUCCAAGAACCCCGAGAACUUUUUCCCUUCUUCUCCAGCAAGGGGCCGCUGCAGGCGCCACGGUGGCCAAUAGAGUGUGAGGUCAUCAAGGAGAGCAUUCGUCAUAUCGAGUGGGUUCCACCUCAGCCAGAAUAUUUCUAUCAAUCUACAGGAAAUGAAGAGGUACCAGAAAUUGUAGGAGAGGAAAAAGGCACAGUUGUCUAUCAGUUGGAUUCAGAAGGAUCCUAUUUCACCAGUUCCAGAGUGGGAGGCAAACGGGGCAUGAUCAAGGAACUUGCUGUGCCCCUGCAAGGGCCGGAAGAUCACACUCUGCUGUUUGAGUCACGGUUCGAGAGUGGGAAUCUGCAGAAAGCUGUCAGAGUCGGCACCUAUGAGUAUGAACUUACCUUGCGAACUGACCUUUACACAAACAAGCACACGCAGUGGUUUUAUUUUCGCGUUCAGAACACCAGGAAAGAUACCACCUACCGCUUCACCAUUGUGAACCUGCUGAAACCCAAGAGCCUUUAUACUGCAGGGAUGAAGCCACUCAUGUACUCCCAGCUGGAUGCCAGCACCUACAGCAUUGGCUGGAGGAGAGAGGGCAAUGAAAUCAAGUACUAUAAGAACAACGCGGAUGAUGGGCAGCAGCCCUUCUACUGCCUCACGUGGACCGUUCAGUUUCCACAUGACCAGGACACUUGCUUUUUUGCCCAUUUCUACCCAUACACGUACACUGAUUUGCAGUGCUACCUCCUGUCAGUGGCAAACAACCCCACCCAGUCUCAGUUCUGCAAGCUCCGAACUUUAUGCAGGAGCCUGGCAGGAAAUACUGUCUACCUGCUCACCAUCACCAACCCAUCCCGGUCCCCGCAGGAGGCGGCCGCAAAGAAAGCCGUGGUCUUGAGCGCCAGGGUCCACCCUGGGGAGAGCAAUGGCUCCUGGAUUAUGAACGGCUUUUUGGACUUCAUCCUUAGCGAUUCCCCAGAUGCCCAGCUCCUCAGAGAUAUCUUUGUCUUCAAGGUGGUUCCCAUGUUAAAUCCAGAUGGUGUGAUUGUGGGCAAUUACCGGUGUUCGCUGGCUGGAAGGGACUUGAACAGACGCUAUAAAACCAUCCUGAAGGAGUCUUUCCCCUGCGUUUGGUACACCAGGAACAUGAUCAAAAGACUUCUUGAGGAAAGAGAAGUCCUCUUGUAUUGUGAUUUCCAUGGCCACAGCCGUAAGAAUAAUAUCUUCCUGUAUGGCUGUAAUAACAACAAUCGCAAGUACUGGCUUCAUGAGCGAGUCUUUCCUUUAAUGUUAAGCAAAAAUGCACCAGAUAAGUUCUCUUUUCAUAGUUGUAAUUUUAAGGUCCAAAAGUGCAAAGAAGGAACGGGACGAGUUGUGAUGUGGCGCAUGGGAAUCCUGAACAGCUAUACCAUGGAGUCCACGUUUGGCGGGUCCACCCUGGGCAGUAAAAGAGACACUCAUUUUACCAUUGAGGAUCUGAAGUCCUUAGGUUAUCACGUCUGUGACACACUUCUGGAUUUCUGUGAUCCUGACCAAGCCAAGUUCACUCAAUGCCUAGCAGAACUGAAGGAGCUCUUACAACAGGAAAUCCACAAGAAAUUCAAUCAACUUGGACAAGAUAUGGAUUUAGAAGGAAAUUGGAGUGACAUCUCUUUGUCUGACAUUGAAUCCAGCACCAGCGGUUCUGACAGCUCCCUCUCAGAUGGUCUCCCUGUUCACCUACUGAACAUAGAAGAUGAGGUGAAUCAGAAGAAAUUUAAGAAGAAAAAGAAGAAGAUGCUUCAGACCAGGAAACAGCGAACUAAGCAGUAUCAGAAAAAUCAUCUGAUGCGGAAAUUCAAGUUAACAGAAGAUGCCCCAGAAAAGGCAGGAUUUACGUCUGCUCUGCAAAAGCAGCCAACCUUUUUCAAGAAUUCAGAGAAUUCCACUUCAAUGAUGAAACAUGAAAAACCAAAGUUGAAUGAGACACAGUUAAAUGGCAGAGACAAAGGCACCUGCCGGGACCCAUCAGUGACCACCCUGACUCUACUUAAGAAUCAAGAGAGAAUGCAGAGUAAGAAGCCAGGCUUUACAGUGUCAUGCUCUCCAAAGAAAAGUACAAACUGCAGCCAAGAGCCAGCCCCAGGUAUGAAGCCAAACUGGCCUAGGACUAUAUAUGCUGCCACAAAGACAGGCCGUGGUACCAUGGUGGCAUACCCAUCCUUACACAUAUACACAUACCCAUAGGUGCGCGUGUGCCACGCCAUGCAGGCAUGUGCCGGGGACGUUCUGGGCCAGACAGCCUUUGUGAGGCAGGGAGCAGUAGGACUCGGGACUGUCUGUGGUAUACUGUGUUGUGCACUCAUCAUGUGCUGACCCCACACUUUGUACUCAGACUCCGUCCCUGUCCCCACGAUGCACACCUCAUCAUUUCAGUUAUUUUUUUCAUAAAAUGAAAUGUUCUUAUAAUGUAUGGAAAAGCUUCCUCUAGCAGCAACCAAAGUGUGUGCUCAUGGAACUACAGCACAGAUAUACCGCAUUUUACCCAUAGCUACUCUCUCCAAAAUUAUAUGCAAAUCAACUUUAAAAGAUUGAACUCUUUUAAAAGUAUUUUGGGAGUAAGCUAUCCAAACAUGUCUUGUGUCAAAGCUUUCUGGUGAUGGAUGAUCAGUCAGACUGUUAGUAUACAAGUUUUGCUCCAAGUAAGGUAUUCCCACAGAGAGACAACAAUUCCUGUAUUAUCCAGAAUUUAAUGUUACAUAUAUUAUGUUC